UUCAUUGCGAGUAACCCAGUCUGUCAGUAGCAUGGAUGCAUCCGAAGCAGCACCUGGGGCAUCAACAUCCCAAACAACGACGACCGCUGCUAGCGGAGCUGGUAGACCAAUCGAUAUCCUUGACGAACAGUACGCUCAUUAUGUGCAAUUAGUGAAACAGAUGCUUCCAAAAAUAAAAUCUGCCUCAGAUCGUCAGAUUUGCUCCAAAUACCUGGCACGAUGCUGCCAGCUGAGCAACGCCACCCACUCGGCCAAGAGCUAUCGGAACAAAUUUUUCCGGUACUUUCUCAAAGUGUUGGAAGCUGCCAUCGUCAAUCAGCGGCACUAUGUUCAAAUGGACGAUGAACCGGAACCGAUGCGAGACGAACAGAAGGAAGUGUACCGGUGGUCCAACGAUAGAAAGUCCUACGUAGCGGCAAAAAUCAUUCCCAACUAUGCGGUUUUGGUUUAUAUGGCAGUUUGCGAUGAUCCACAGCAAGGGUGGGAUAAUGGCGGAUUCGGAAGUUAUGAAUUUUAAACAUGCUGCUUUUGCGAAAUUUUGUUUUCUAUUUAGUGGCUAUUCGUGGAAACAUUUAGAAAUAUUAAGUUUAUCAAAAUUCGAGGUGCUAGAAAUAAAAGUUUUCAAAAA